AUGGCGACGCUGCCGCUAAGGGUUUCCCCCGGUACACGGCGAGGAGAGAGGAAGGGUAGCCCCGACGCCCUCCAAGAAGGUCCGGUGGCACCCUCAGGCGCCACCGCGUCGGUGUCGGCCAAGCCAACAGGGAUUUCUCCCGAUCCCAUCCUCCACCUCAGGCACUCCGGAUCUCGCCACCAAACCGACCACCACCCUGCGGCAACACGGACACGAAGCUUCCCGCGCUGUCUCACCACGGCACCGCGAAGAUGGACUGCACAACGAAGAAGAGGAGCCGGGACUAGGGCGGCAGCACCUUCAGCAUACGGGAGGGCCCCACCUCCACCGUCCAUGACGGUAGCCGACCGGACGGCAAAGCAGGAGCCUACCGGGCCCGUGGCCCCACAGGCCCGGCCGGGCCCUCAGAGGCCCGGACAGCUCCCGCCUCCGCGCAGCAGCUGGCACGCCGUCGACGCCGCUGCUCCAGUCCAAGCCGCUCCCCACCCUUCCCAUACAGAGAGCGUCGCGGUUGCGCCGGAACCGACCCGCAAGGACCCAGAUGGGGCCCUACGGGCCUAG